AUGGAGCGGGGCGGCGGGGGCGGGGGGAGCCUCGAACUCGCCGGGGGCGGCGGAGGCGGCGGCGGCGGUGGCGGCGGUGGCGGCAACGCGGAUCUGUGUCUUCAGGAUCUCGUGACCGGGCCGACGGGCGGCCUCUCGGUGCAGCAUCAUCAGCACACGACCGCGGCGACCGCCUCGAUGGCCGGCCUCCACGGCGACCAUCUGCAGGGCGCGAUGCACCACCACGACCUGCACGGCAACUCGCAUCACGACACCUCGAUGCUGCACAACUCGAGCCACCAGCUGCACCACGAGCCGCUCGAGAAGCUUAAACUCUGGGCGCAGAGUGACUUCAGGGACGAGACCAACGGGGGCCUUGCGAGGCUCGACACCACGGGUCACGGCGCCCACACUCCCGGCGGUAGUAACCCUAGCACACCGGGAGCGACCCCCACGACACCAUCCGGUGGAUUCUCCACCGCUCAGCCGAGGAACCGCACAAACACCACUCAUAGGCCAGAUAUUCGAAAAGGUGUACGAACACACACAGAAGUAAAACACGAAUUGGGUGCCGGCGGCGGUGUCGUUUCUCCCGGAGUGGUCGGGGUCAACGAUGCCGACGACAAGGACGGCAAGAAGAACAAACGGCAGAGGCGACAAAGGACGCAUUUUACGUCGAGUCAGCUUCAAAAUUUGGAGGAGACCUUCAUUAGGAACCGGUAUCCGGAUAUGGCGACGAGGGAAGAGUUGGCCGUUUGGACGAAUUUGACGGAAGCUCGAGUCAGGGUCUGGUUCAAGAACAGACGGGCGAAAUGGCGGAAGAAGGAGCGGAACGCGAUGAACGCCGCCGCGCAGGCCGCGGCGGACUUCAAGUCGGGCUUCAGCACGGCCAGCCUGAACGGCUUCAUCACCCAGCCGUUCCCGGACCCGGACACCCUCUACGGCUCGUACAGCACGUACAACAACUGGGCGACGAAGGUGCCGUCGCCGCUGAGCGGCAAGAGCUUCCCCUGGAUGAACACGUUAGGCUCGGUGGUGCCGACGGCGUCCCACCAUCACCACCACGCGCAGGUCAGCCCGGUGAAUUGCUUCAACGCCGCGGCGACGUCGGUCGCGGGCAGCCACGUGGGCGGCAUGUCGGUAUCGGUCGGCCAGGCGGCCACGUCCAUGCUGCCGGGUAUGGGCUCCGGUCUGGGCGUCGCGAGCUCGCCGGUCGCGGCGUCGGGCGCGGCGUGUCCUUACGCGGCGCCGGCGGCGCCGCACCAUCCUUACGGGCCGCCGGUCUACACGCCGCACCAUCGGACCGCGGCGCCGCCGGAAUCCUGCACGGUGAUGACCUCCAGCAGCAUCGCCUCGUUACGCCUGAAGGCGAAGCAGCACAGCAGCGGCUACAGCGGCGGCGGCGGGACCUUCAGCGCGGGCGGCACCACCGGCACCACAGCCGGCAGCAUCAGCCCGGUCAGCUCGAGGGCGUCCUCCGUUGGCGGCGGCGGCGGCGGCGGAGGCGGCGGUGGUCUCAGCGCUUGCCAGUACGCGCUGACGACGGCGGCCGGCGCGAACCCACAUUCCCCGGGCGGCCCCGAGGCGCACGGCAACGCCACCGCCAGGGCUCAGGUCUGA